AUGGGCGGCGGCUGGCGCGGGCGCGUCGAGUACGAUGAGGCGGACGUCGCGUAUAUUCUCGAGGUAAUGAACCGGACGUCGCCUCCGUGGAACGUGUCGCAGCUUGCGCGCGACCUCGCGCGCGAGCGGCCGGCGCAUACCUAUGCAAGCUAUCAGACCUUUCUGCAGAAGAACAUGCUCGAUCGGCUGCAUCUGCAGCAGCGUCUGCGGGACGCCAAGAUCGCACGGGGCGAGGAUCCGAAAGGCGUGCAUGUCCAGCGCACGACGCGCGCGCGCACACGCGCCGUGCCGACCACGUCGGGGCGCCCACGCGUCGCCGGCGGCAUGAGCGUCGGCGAGCUGCACGCCGCCUUUGCGCCGCGGUCCUCGUCGAUCGAGUCACUGGAUGAGCUCGAGAGCGGCGAGAGCGAGAGCGAGGAGGAGGAGAUGGACGAGGCGGACCUGCUGCGCUUCGAGGAGCGGCAGACGCACACCGACGAGCCGCGGCCGACACCGGCCAAGGUGCGCAAGCGCGAGGCGUUUACGCUCGACGACCGCGAGCUGCUGCUGCGCAGACUCGGCGAGCUCCUUGGCGAGGUGCAGUGGGAGCGCGACGACGCGCCGCCCGAGCUUGGCGCGCCGUUCUGGGCGUCGCUCGAGCAGGCGGCGCCGCGGCACUCGGCGCGCUCGUGGAUGCUGCACUUUGAGCGCUCCGCGAGGCAGUACUGGCGCACGGCGAUGGACCGAUGCGCACUGCGUCUCUCGCCCUCGUCUGUAUUUUACGACGGCCAGGAGGGGAGCGAGGAGCCGGAGGACGAGGCGUCCGAGCCGGAGGACGAGGCGCCCGAACCCUCGGACGAGCCCGAGGCUGCUAACGAACCCGACGAGGAUGCGGCGGACGCGGCAGACGUCGAGAGCGCGAUGCGCGAGGGUCAUGCGCCUGUAGAUAGCCCCUCGACGCCCCACGCGCCCCUCUCGGCGGUUCCGCGCCGCCUGACGCCCUCGGUGACGCCGCGCCGGGCGCCCCAGGAUACCCCGACUGGCCCGGACAGUAGCGCGGACGUCUCUGCGCUCGUGGGGCCUGUCCAGACGCCGCCGAGUCAGGAAGCGUCCGCCGCGUAUACCCCCUACUCUGUGCGAGUCGGCCAGCGGCGCGAUCACCACGACGCCAAGGCGACGGCGCGGAAGCAGCAGGCGCAUCUGCCGCCGCCCGCUGCCCCAUCGCCGCUCGACGAGCGCGCGAACCGCACGUCGUCGCCGCUCAUCGGCACGCUGCCCCGCUCGGCGCCGCGGCCCACGGCCGCCGCGGCGCCGUCGCCGAGCCCGGUGCGGCGCGUGCGCCACUCGCUCACGGCGCUGCCCGAGCCUGCGCACGCGUGGCGCAGCAGCGCGUUCCGUGCGCCGCAGUACGCUGUCGAGCAGCGCCGCGCACGCGCAGAGUACGAGGCGCGCGUCUGGGAGCUGUGCAGCGACUUUGCGCUGACGUCCCCCGCGCAGCUCGUGCCGUUUAUGGAGCCAGAGGAAGGCGACAUUGACGGGUGCCGGCGGCGACUCGAGGCGUACCUCGACUCGCUCGCCGACUACUACGACACGGAGCGCACGACGAUCCUCGAGCUGCUCGAGGCGCAGCUCGGGAGCUUUGAGCAGGUCGUGCGUGUGCUCGAUAUCCAGCAGCGCUCGCUCGAGCGCUCGUUUGAGCGCUCGCGGUCUAUGGAUCGUUCGCGGACUGCGAAAUAG